GUCAGUACACUCGUAGAGUUAAGGUCCGUCCGCGGUAAAAGGCAGGAGUUUCUGUACUGUGCGCCUGUAGAACGAUCGAUGUCGUCUAUAAUCUACGGCGUGUCUACUAUGACACAUGAGCAAGCGACUCCCUGAAGAGUCAACCACCAAACAGAUUUGUCGGCGUUGGUGAGGCGGGUUAAGUUAUCAGAGGACUGUCAAGGUGGCCGUGUCCGUGUGACGUGCAGGCAACACUAGGGGGACCAGGCCAGGCUACAGCGGGCAGAAGCGUCGUGCACGUGCCGCGCAGUGUCACUAUUACGUUACCACUAGCACCAUUGAAACACCUCUUACCUAUUAACAGUGUCAGGGUACACUCAUGCAUAUGCAUAAUGCUGAUAAAGUCUACCCACGUGACUCAGAGAAAGGCUUUAUAUGAGCUUGUAUUAAUAUGAACUGAGAUCUUGGACGGUUUUUGUUAACCGGAGUUUCAGCGGGGAUACGUUUUGUGCAAUGAAAAUUGUAAUAGAGUCCUUCCUACAGUCUUUGUAUUGUUGUGUGGAUGUUGCGCCGAGUUACCGCUGGGGUGAAUUGUUAAUGAUGGAUAUGUGAAGGAUUCGCCUAUCAGUGUUGAGGGAAGACGCCUCGGAGUCAGCACCCGGCAUUCAUAUUUAUACCUGUGCGCAUAUCUCUACAUGAAAACGUGUGUGUAAAGUUGCUUAAUUUUGCCCGCGGAGGAAAUACCUAAGGAGCGAGGAUUGAGGGAGAUUUUACGGAAUAGGGGAAGGGAUUUGUUGGAAACCUCUAUGAACAAAGCUGGCUGCGGCGCGGCGUUAGCGUACGGAGAGACUGUCUCGAUUUGUGCCCUGUGCCAAUCAGCAAGUCGGGCUUGAUGGGCAGCGCACGGACAGGAGGCAUGCGGCCACAACACACGUGGACACAUGCCUAUUUACCUUUUUCCGUAUUAAUUUUAUUACUUACAUCGGACUGUGUGAAUUGCUCAGGAGGGACGGGUAUAGCGCCCCUACAGGACGACUCGGUUGCUUUGGAUUUGUUUAGCUCUAGCGGCGAGUACAAGCCAUUCAUCACGGCAGAGGCGGAACCUCGGAUAAAACAACUGACUAAGAGACAAGCGUUCCGGAACUUACGGAGUACAGAGUGUAAACUAGAUUGUUCCAAUGUAAAGAGGCGUCCUGUGUGCGGGUCAGACGGGAUUACCUACUCUUCCCGCUGUGAAAUCAGGAGAGUUAAACAAUGCGAAGGAGUUAACGUGAAAGUGAAAAAGAAAGGCGAAUGUGUUGGACCAGGAUCCAAAACAGGUCUGUCUCGCUGUCAACAGGAGAGGGAGGAGGCAAGAGCUGUUGCUAGGAGACCAACUGUGGGCAUUUUCAUACCUUCAUGCAAUAAAGAUGGAACAUAUGCCGAGAUUCAGUGUCAUGCUGCCACGGGCUACUGCUGGUGUGCGACGAAACUCGGCAAGCCGAUAACGGGAACGUCACUUAGUGAGAAGAAACCUGAUUGUAAAGCCAAACCAAAGCACGGCAAGUCAAACAAAAGGGGUAAGAGAAGAGGUUGCAGUCAGACGGAUCGGACAACGUUUAAUAGAAACCUUAUUGAAGUAUUUACAGCAGAGUAUAACAGAACAGUGAACAAAUCUCUCUUAACAACAGCGGCGCCACCGGGGCAGCCAUCUGGUAAUCCAGCUGAUGCAGUGUUAGAUACUCCGGACAAGAGAGUGGUCGAGUGGAAAUUCUCACAGUUAGACAAAAAUUCCGACAAUAAGCUUCGGAAAAAAGAAGUUCGGGCUUUGAAGAGACUGGUUAAGAAACUCAUCAAACCUCGUGCAUGCGCGAAAAACUUUGUGAAUUACUGUGAUUUAGAUCAAGAUAAAAAGAUCAUUCGUCGGGAGUGGUCCUCGUGUUUGGGAGUGACUAUUAAUAGAGUCAGCGUCCUCAAAAGUCAGGCGUUCAAAAGCUUUGGCUUGUCCACCCUGCUACGGCCGUCCAAUUCUGAUGACACCGUGGUAUUCUUUCACUUAUUUUUGUCCCUGAACUCAGAGGAACGCCUGAACCCAGCCUCAUCACGAGCCUCUCCAGGGGUACUUCAGGUGGGUCCCUCACUGGGGAAUCGCCAGCUAAACCCCAGCCGUACCCUCAUCACCCCAGAACCCUCCAAGACUGACAAUACAGAGGAACUCAGGAGUUGUCUUGAGGAGAGAGAAAUCGCCAUUAAAAUGGACCGAGAGGACCCAGAGGGGAAAAUCUUCAUUCCGAGCUGUUCUAAGGACGGAAUCUACACCAAGGCCCAGUGUCACACGUCCACGGAGUACUGUUGGUGUGUUGACGAGAAAACUGGCAAACCGAAACCUGGCACCUCAACCUACAAGGUGAAACCCAACUGUGACAUGGUCGAGGAGCGGCGGAUGAAAGGAUGUCCCCACAGUCAGAAGAGACGGUUUGUGAAGGACUUAGUGGAUCACUUGACAGAAGAGAUGGACAGAUCCAGUGGUGCCCCUGCUGGGUCAUCAACAGGAGUCCGUGACAAGGCGUUCUAUGAGAAAGUUGUAAGGUGGAAGCUCACGUCAAUGGACAAAAACGGCAACGAGAUGCUGGAGCGAAAAGAAUGGAAAGAUUUCAAGAAGAAUAUGCGAAAAACAGUUGGAAAGAAAAAGUCUAUGAGAAAGUGCGCAAGAAACUUUUUACGGUACUGCGAUGCUGAUAAGAAUAAACGUAUCUCAGUAGACGAAUGGAUAGACUGCACUGGUGUUAACCGUAAUAUGUAUAGUUUACCACCAAAUCCGAAGCGGAAAGGCCCGAACCCCUUCAGUAAGUACCUCAGGGAGAGCUAGCGCUGUCUGCCUACUUUAUCCGUAGAGUAGCCUCCCUUGAACGGCCACAAUGAGCAAAAAUAUCACCACUGUCUGGAAGGCGAAAUGAACUGGUUUGGAUGGAGAGCUAUGGGUGUGACGGCUUACUAUGUAUAUGAAGGAAAAGUUUAUUCUGUGAAUAUUAGGAAGAAAUCAAGGAUUUUUUUUGUAAAUUUUUGUAUAAGUUAUGGUCUUAAUAUUACGCAUGGUGACCGCGAAAAAGACGUCUAUUGGUAGGCUCUGUAUGUUGAUGUGUUUAUCCUUUUGCACCAGUGACUUUAUCUAUUAGGGAUAGAGUACGAUCAUAUCGCUUCAAACAAAUGUUGUAUACAACACUCAAAAAAGGCCAAGCAGAAAGAUGUCUGUCUAUCUAUAUAUCCAUCUAUAUGUACAUAUAUAUGUCUGUAUGUUUGUGUGUAAAUAAUUACAUGGUUUAAUGUGAAUAUGUACAUACAAACCCAAGUAGCCUGUGAGGUAGCGAUAAAAUUAUUAAUACCCAUUUUAUAAACUUUGAUUUGAUAAGUCGUCCAAACGGUUAGAUCCAUUUAUUUGAACACAGAGAGACACAUACAACUACACCUUAACGAACGGGGGAAGUCGGCUUUUUUGUUUUGACUCACCGGAUUCGGCUACUUUUCUACUGCUUCAAAUGGAUUUUUUUUCAGUAAUAAAACGAAUAGUCUCCCUCAAAUUAUUUACCUUCACGUUUCUGUUUUUGUCAUUUAUCAUUUAUAGGUGCUUUAAAUUCCAAGCAUGGUGAGGGAUAGGAUCAGGGAUUUUUAAAACUCUGCUGGGCACUUUUAAGGCGCCGUUGACACCCAUUAUAGUAGAGGGACUCAAUUUGGAAUUCUGAGCCUCUCCCUUAGUAUUUGUCUUGAUAGAGUCCUUCAGAGUAUCACAUACCAGUAGUAUAUUCCCAAAUACUGUAGCAAUAUUGAUCAUACAAAUUCUAACAUGGGGUCAUGAUCAUUUCGUAAUAUCUCAGCGUUCGUCGAUCUUUUACUAGACAUUGGAAGAUAAUAGUUUUUCUUUGCUGUGGCCUUAUGGAGGGCAUCAGAUGAUACUUGGGUGUCCUCGUUCUUGAACGCAUGUGUAGUAGUAUAGGCCUAUGGCAUGGUACUCUGUGGUUAUCCGACUCUGUACAGCAAGACUCAAGUAAUUGCAACUUGAUUUAUACAAUGUAUCUAGCUGGCAUGAGAUCAUCUGAACACUUGUUUAUUUUUCUCUCCUGAAAGCUGUGAUAUUAAUCUAGUCAGACAUGUUAAGUAGUUAAUGGAUACUUAACCAGUUGGAGUUUCAGACUGAUGUCUAGCUAAGCUAGGAUUACUAAUAGGAAAGACUGAGUGACUUCUGCAUGGUUUUCUUCGGUUUGCCUUUAACUGGUUGUUACGUAUGUUUGCUGCAUUUUGUCUCCUUGCCAUGAAAAAACAUGUAACCAUUCCUGCAACCUUACUUAGCUUUGCAUAAUGCUUCCUGUUUUUACGAUCACUGUUUAAAUCUUAUCUAGUACGCGUUCAUGUGUUUAUUCAGAAGGAGAGAAAGUUAAUUCGAUUCGUGAAUGAACUCGGCUUGAUUUGCAUGACACUCCCAUUGCUAGAAGAGAAAACUCUUUGCUGAUUAUCAUUCAAGGUUUCUCCAAUGACACGGACUGUAAGGUUUGCCAAAAUCUCACAGUCAGAUGUCUUGUUCAUGUAUAUAAUUUCAGAUCGCUAACUUAACGCUUACUUGCCAAUAUAAAACCUUGCCAAAACGAUCAGCAAAGACAAAAUAGCCCAAAAGGUUUCUAAAAAGUAUUUCUGCUUUUUUAUUAUAUCUGUUUAGAGAGCAGGGUUCGUAAUCAUCAUGGAGUAGAGCUAGUCUGACGCCCUAUAGUGACCAAUGGUAUAAUCUGUAGUGUAGCUUGCAGCUAGGGUACGUACUUUUGUGCCGGAAGUGAAGCCAUUGCAUCAUUAACCCUUUCAUAGUGAAGCAACGAAACAAAUACGUUUUCAUUUCCUUUCGUUUCAGUUGGUCAGUUGUGCUGCUAAAACUUCGCCUAGCAUGAUUAUCAGCAAAGAGGUUGAUUUGGCAGGAAAUGGUAUUGAGUGGAAAUGGGGGUGUUCUUGUCGUCCCUCGACUGCUUGCCUUUUGGAGCGAUUCUGGAUCGGGGCAAUCAGCAGAGCUUUUGAUUAACAAUAUGUUCCAAUGCAUAAGUUUGUUGGAGGCUGGUUUUGGUGUAUUAAUGCAGUCAAGCUGACAGUGUGACUGACAUUUCAUAUAUAGCGGCGAGAAAAAGCACAAAAUUUACAACGCCAAGUUCAUACAUUUUGUUAUCAUCAGUUGUUUUGUUGUGGUUAGCGGUGGAUAAUAAAUAAUAUUCUCCGAAAGAUGAUCCUUUGCAUGCAUGUGCAGAAGCGUCCUUUCUGGUUGGCUGUAUAACUCAUAACUACACAAACUAACCGUUAAUUUUCUGUCAUUUUAAUAAUAUUUCAAUUUUUUUAGCCUUGACAGAUAUGCGUUUCUCAGAUGUUUUUUUUGUUGUUGUUAUUUUUUGUAUAUGAUUCUACGCAUUCAGACGAUUGUGAGUUGCCACUGGAAAUAAUGGUUUAAUUGUGUACAUAAUUCUGUGCUAUUAAUGGAAUGUAAGCCUUAUUGUUAUAUAUUGUUCAAGUUUAGAGUUUGUUGAUAGGAUAGAAACUUCCAAUCUGUGUUACUUAAGUAUUCAAGCUCAAACUGUACCUUCAGUAUCCUGUUUGUGUACAACUAGGUUGAUGUAUUGAGUCACGUAAAUAGUUACCGCUAAGACGAGCAGGUGGACAGUGCGGAGAUCAAAUAGUCGAGAGCUGUCAGGAAAGGUCAUAAGCAGGAUUGCAAAAACUAGGAUGUACUGAAUAAAAUGAGUCAAAGUCAAACUAAUCUACUUAAAUAUCGAUUGGCGUGCAAUUACCUGGCGACCACUGGAAGAGGCCAUCGCUACUUCAGGUGAUUUUGAGAAAUAUUGGGCGACAAAAAUGUAUAUACAAAUGGUGAAUAAAACUGUCAAUCUAAGACAACCCAUGUUGUG